AUCCCGUAGCCCUUGUCAAUGCAACCGCCAAUACAGCAGCUGACCAAAAGGCUAAACUUACACCAGAUGGACCAGAUUCAAAAUUCACACAACGUGCUCGGUUAAAUAAUAAUUGGAAGUCAGACGUUCAAUCCUGGCUUUCAAGAAACAAAGAUGAGAUUGUUUACACGGAUGGAGUUAUCGUCUCCGUGGUGUACCCCCCUCAGAACCAGGCUUAUUCAGGAUACAUGGUGAUUAAUUCCAAAGGUGAAAAAGGCUUUGUGGGAACGGAGAUAUACACGAACAAAACCCGAAACUCUCACAUAAGCGCCCGUUCAUUUAUUCAAAUCCUCGUCAGCGUCAGCCCAAAAGAAAUCAUCAAAAGUUGUAUGGGUCAUAAAAGUCAUAAACCUGGAGAAAGUAUCUCCCACCGAGGCCCAAAAUCGACCAUUCAAGCAGCAAGCUCAAGGUCAAUGGCACUACUUCCUGCUACUCCUCGCCAACCAACUCCACAUCCCAACCCCAGUCAACCUCAACACAACGGCACACACGCCAAUGCCUACGAGUACGAAGUAACUCCCCCGUCCACCUGUGGUACAGAUUGCGUCGGGCUUCCCAGUCACCUCAGAGCCUUCUUUACGGGGGGGUGGUGGGAGCAUUCGGGUUGGAGGAGGAACUUGGGUUGGAGGAGGGAAAGAGAAACGAAGACGUCUUCUCGCCCAGCACACAACGUUCUUCAAGCUCAUAUUCCCUCUGAUCAAGUGCCCUUCCUCGCUCAUCAACCGCUUGCUCAAGUUCCACGACCCUCUCCUCCCUCUCUCGUACCUCCCCCGCUCCCUCCUUUCAACCGUCAUCUCCCUCUCCUCCAACUCUCUCUCCCUCCGCCCAACCGCCUCCUCACGUCGCCCAACCGCCUCCUCGCGAUACCCAACAUCCCUCUGCACCUCCCUAACCCUCUCCUCCAUCCUCUCAAUGUCUAUCCGCCAGCCCGAGCUCACGUUGGUCUAGCGCUUCUUGGCAGGUUGCGAGUGUGGUGA